GCCGGUUGCAGGGGGCGGCUGGCGGCGCUCGGCGGCGGGCGGUGGCUGGUUGGCUGGCUUGCAGGAGCGUCCCGCUGGCGGCCGCGGGGCGCAGGGCAGAGACGCGGCCCGGCCCGGCCACCCCGCAGCCCGCCAUGCCCUCGGACUGCCGGCCGCGCUGGCCACGCCGCGGGGCAUGGUGAGCCCGGGGCGGCCGCCCCCCGCGGGGACACGGCAGGCGGCCUCUCUGCUCCGCCUCAGCGUCCUGCUGCUGCUGCCGCUGCUGCGGAGCACCGCGGCACAGAAAGGUGAUGGAUGUGGACACACCGUUCUAGGCCCUGAAAGUGGAACUCUUGCUUCGAUAAACUACCCGCACACCUCUCCCAAUAGCACAGUCUGUGAGUGGGAAAUUCGUGUAAAGCCUGGGAAGAGAGUUCAGCUCAAAUUCGGCGAUUUUGAUAUUGAUGACUCAGAUUCUUGUCAUUCAAGUUAUUUAAGAGUGCACAAUGGGAUUGGCCCCACCAGGACAGAGAUAGGAAAAUACUGUGGGUUUGGCUUUCAAAUGGAUGGUUUAAUUACUUCGAAAAGUAAUGAAGUCACAGUACAGUUUAUGAGUGGAACACACACUUCUGGACGUGGAUUUCUUGCAGUUUAUUCAACCACUGACAAAUCAGACUUAAUUACCUGUUUAGACAAUGCAAGUCACUUUUCCGAACCAGAAUUCAAUAAAUAUUGUCCAGCUGGAUGUGUCAUUCCUUUUGCUGACAUUUCAGGCACUAUUCCCCAUGGAUACAGGGACUCAUCAUCACUUUGUAUGGCUGGUGUUCACGCAGGCGUUGUGUCAAACACUCUGGGUGGCCAAAUUAACGUUGUAAUCAGCAAGGGCAUUCCAUACUAUGAAGGCUCCCUGGCUAACAAUGUCACCUCAAAAGUGGGACCCUUAUCCACAAGUCUCUUCACAUUUAAGACGAGCGGUUGCUAUGGCACACUGGGGAUGGAAUCUGGGGUAAUCCCUGAUUCCCAGAUCACGGCAUCAUCUAUUCUUGAAUGGUCUGACCAAACAGGACAAGUGAACAUUUGGAAACCUGAAAAUGCCAGAUUAAAAAGGGUUGGUCCUCCUUGGGCUGCUUUUAUCAAUGAUGAAUAUCAGUGGUUGCAGAUUGACUUGAAUAAGGAAAAGAGAAUAACAGGUAUUAUAACUACUGGAUCUACCUUAGCAGAGUAUUACUAUUACAUCUCAGCCUACAGAAUUUUAUACAGUGAUGAUGCCCAGAAGUGGACAGUAUACAGAGAACCUGGCGCAGAUAAAGAUAAGGUAUUUCAAGGGAACACUGAACUGUACCAGGAAGUUCGCAAUAAUUUCAUUCCACCUAUUAUUGCACGCUUCUUUAGGAUUAACCCCUUAAAAUGGCACCAGAAAAUUGCAAUGAAAGUAGAACUUCUAGGAUGUCAGUUUAGUAUAGGCCGUGCUCCUAAAAUCACCAUGCCACCACCACCUCAGAACAAGAAUAACAACAACGAUGAUGACUCCAGUGAUGACUUAAUUUAUUCAGUGAAGACUUCAUUGCAGACAGAUAAAACAACUUUCACACCUGAAAUAAAAAACACCACCGUGACUCCAAGUGUAACCAAAGAUGUGGCAUUGGCAGCAGUUCUGGUUCCAGUGCUGGUGAUGGUCUUCACUACUCUGAUUCUUAUCUUAGUUUGUGCGUGGCAUUGGAGAAACCGCAAGAAAAAAACAGAGGGUACUUAUGAUCUACCUUACUGGGAUCGUGCAGGCUGGUGGAAAGGAAUGAAGCAGUUUCUCCCGACCAAAUCGACGGAACAUGAAGAAACUCCCGUCCGCUACAGCAGCAGUGAAAUUAGUCACCUAAGACCAAGAGAAGUCCCAACAAUGCUGCAAACAGAGUCCGCAGGCAGCGGAGGAGAAACGAAUAGUUCUGUCGAGUAUGCUCAGCCACUGGUGGGAGGAAUUGUUGGCACACUUCAUCAGAGAUCAACCUUUAAACCAGAGGAAGGAAAAGAAGCCAGUUACGCUGAUUUGGACCCUUACAACUCUCCCAUCCAAGAAGUUUACCACGCUUAUGCUGAACCACUACCUAUAACUGGACCAGAGUAUGCAACUCCAAUCGUAAUGGACAUGUCCAGCCAUCCCAGCACAGCUCUUGGCGUUCCUCCCAUUUCCACCUUCAAAGCUGCAGGGAAUCCAGCUCCUCCUGUGGUUGGAACUUAUAAUAAACUCUUAUCCAGGACAGACAGCACGUCCUCAGCACAGGCGCUGUACGAUACACCAAAGGGGCAGCUGGGGCCAGGGGCUGCCACCGAGUUGGUGUACCAGGUACCACAGAGCGUGGCCCAUUCCACUGGGAGUAAGGAUGAACUCAGUUAGCUCACAAGUAAGGUACAAUGAUGGCUUGUUUUUAAAAGCCAGUUCCGUAAAGCUGACUCAUUUCUUUAAUUGCUUUUUUUUCUUUUUUGGUGUUGUUAGUCUUAAAUAAUACAACAUUGAACCAAAUGAUGUGGUAUCGGAGGUCUGGGAAACCAGCAAUUCUGCCUUUCCUUCAGCUGUCUGUGUAAUUACAGCCUGUCUCCUGCAAAACCUUGGACUUUUUUAUUACUACUGUACAAUUGUCUGUCAGACAUGAGAGAAGAACUCUUCAAGAUUAGCUUCAGUAAUUCAAAGAUGUGAAUGAUAAAUUGGGAGAAACAGUUUGAAGUACAAAAGCCAAUAAUUUCUUGCUCAUGGUACUAUUUCUAGGGGGAAAAAAAAACCCCAAAAACCAAAACCCAAAGCUCCUAAUGUUCUAAGGUGAGUAUAUAAGCACUAUAGCUUCUAAAACUCAUUUUACCCUAUAAAAUGCCUUGCACAACUUUGGACUUUAAAAGCUACUAUCAAUCAGGAUUGAUGGCAAAAAUCCCGUUAACUUCAUGGCAUAAAACAGUUUUGACUCUAAAUGAUGUUAUUUCAGCUGUUGUUCACAGGAUUAGGAAUCAUCAUGAGUGUUUCUCAGAAGGUUCCCGCUACUGCUGUUUUCCUGCAUCUGCUGUUUCCUGCCUCAUCUCCUUAAGCCACUCAGUCUUGUCCUUUCCAAGGUAUCCAGAGGCACAGACUUAAGUCCUGCAAGCAACCACAUGGCAGCUGCUUUUGCAUUUUCCCCCUACUAUGUGAAGGCUGGUCUGAAUAGCAUCUGCCUCAAAUUCAGACUUCCCUGAUGGUCAGUGUGCAAAAAGUAUCUAGGUGUUCAAGGUAACUGAAUUCAGAAAGGUUCUCCCUGUCCCCCUGCCCUGCACCCCACCUAGAGUAGCUAGUGUUGUGUGUUAAGAUGUGAGCAUAUGCAAAGAAUGAUUUGUAUAUAGUUUUGUGAGUGCUCAAGGAAGCACACAAAUAUUCUAAUGGUGCACAGUUUGUGUUACACACACGUUUAGCACAUAUGGUACGUUUUAGCACAACUGAAAAGAAUUUAGCCUUAGGCCUUUUCUUAUGAUUGUUCUUAUUGGAAGUAUAAAGGAUUCCAAAACAUUUGCAAGAGAACCAGUACUGUUCCAAAGAGUGUCCAUUGAGGAAGUGUGUAAUGGGAUUUGUAUCCUUUGAAUGUUCUCGUGUUAUCUACCAUGAAAACAUUGCAGUCAGUCUUUUGUCUGGGGUAAUGUAGACUAGUUUUAGCUAGGUAAUCACGAAAUGAAAACAAUUGUGAUGUAAUAUCAGCCUUUUUUAUGUUGUUAGAAAGAAAGCACAGCUUUUAACCUAAGUAGCAGAAAAAGAACCACAAUAAAAAAGCUUUAAUUUUAUUGUAACAACACUGUUGGGAGGAUGCUGAACUAAUUUAUACAUGUGAAACCCCCUACCUACACAUUAGCCCAGUUGAGUGCUUACUGUUUGUUUCUGUGCUAUAGUUCAAGUCAGCCUUGUUUAUUGCCCAGAGUCCUUCAACUAGGUGGAAAACAUCCAAACUGAAAUUCUAAAAACUGUUCAAGAGGGCUGCUACCAUCUUUUCACACCACUACGGUGUCCUGACUUAGUAUUGAGAAUCUGUUUGGAGAGGCAGUCUACAUAAACUCAGUAAUCCAAAAUCACUUGUGGCCUGUUUCAGCAUCAGAAUAUGUUGUUACAUACUCUCUGCUACCUUGCAGCCCAAUUCAACAAGUUUUUGAUAAAUCAUUCUCCAUGGAUGAGAAUGAAUAAAUUCUUUUGUUAGAACUGUAAGUGCUCUUACCCAUCAGCAGCAACUCUGCCUUCAAAAUUAUAUGAGCUUAUUUUACUUUCAAAAGGUGGGAGGUUACUUGUUUGCACAUUCCUAACAAAUUAAGGAACCUCUGCAUUCUCAAACUGUUCCAGUUUAGGCUUAGAAAAAUUAUUCUACCAUAGAAAUAAAUGAGUGUGUUCAAGUCAGUAAAAUUAACACACUAUGAUUUGAUUUUUACUGUAGGCCACGUGUGGUAGAGCUGUGGGUAGGUAUACUGUGGGCUAAGAUGGUGUAAGUAGUGAUUUUAAUUUAGUGGGUUAUUUUUUAAGCAUCUGCAACACAGUUGUUUCAUUAUGUGAGCAGCAGGAGCUGUUGUCUGGAAUGGAAGUUUUUAAGGAUUUAAGUCCCUUUUCUGAAAGAAAUUGGUCCCAAGCUUUGCUCCCUGCUUUCGACUUUGAACGUGUUACCUGCUAGGGCUAAGACGAGAAACUUGACUAUGUAACAGCUGGGUUUAGAAUGUAUGCUACAAACUGUUAAACAUUGAUUCCCAAAUGUAAGUUGCAUGACACACUUAAGGUUAUAAUUCUCCUGUGCACAAUACAAGCAGAGGUACAUUUAAUGGGUCUCUUACAUGUGAAAACGUAUGGAUAGAAAAUGUAUUUCAGUCUUGUUUGGCUUGAGUAUUCUCCCAGAAUGUAUGUUCUUACCUCAGCAUGUAUUGUAGUGACUCGGUAUUUGUAUAUGUUGCUAGAUCUUAGGCUGUAUAAAUAGUGAGGGGUUUUUAUAUGUAUGUUAAAAAAUAUUUUAAAUAAAUUGUACAUACGUAUUCCUCAGUAUGUUGGCACUUAACACCUACCUUCUACCUCCUUCAUUUGUAGUUUGGAAAUGCAAGGGUUAUUUACGAGUUAUCAUACUACAAGGAAGGUUAUGCCCUGCCUCCCAUAUACCCUUUCCUGGCAGCAGGUGUAUGUGGCAACCACCCACAGAGGACAAAUUGGUCCCUGCCUCAUGGUACCAAGGGUUUGAAGUGGUUAACUGACCCUUACCCGAGCUCUCCUGGCUGCUGUCCACUGCAGAGUCAGGGUAUUUACAUGAAGGAGCUUCCCUGGAGG